AUGUCUUCUGAUAAGCUUAAGAAAAAUGAAAAGAAUAAAAAGUCUUCCGAUACUAAAAUUAAAGGAGAAAGUAAAAACAGAAAGCAGAAAUCCGUAAAUAAUUAUGUUCCAAAGAAGAAAAGAGCUAACACUACGAUUUCAAACGUUUGUGAUAAUAUUUCACUAAAAAUUUAUAUUGCUACGUCAGCUGAAGAUGAGACAACUAUUUCACAACAGGUUCAUACUGCUACUUCAGCACAAGUUGAAACUACUAUUUUACCACACGUUGAAGCUGCUACGUCAACAAAAAUUGACACUACCAUUUCACCACUAAUUUAUAUUGCUACGUCACCACAAGUUGACACAACUAUUGCACCACAAGUUCAUGUUGCUACAUCAGCAAAAGUUGAUAAUAGUAUCACUUCUCCUGAAAAUAGUAUAAGUGUAUUAAAGGAGAAUCAUUCAACGAAUAUAAUAGAAACUGAAAGAAACAUCCAACAUGAUCGCGGAUUAUCUGACAAACAGAACGUGUCAACUUUAAACAACUGUACUAGUAUUAUUGAUAAUUCUAUCAAUAUUCCUAAAGAUUCUUAUAAAGAAAAUAAGAAAUUUCAAACGAAACCGAAAAAAAACGAUCGGAAAUCAUGUAAAACUACAUUGAAAAACAAAUUAAAAGUAGCAGAAUCUUAUUUGGCAGAAGCUUUACAAACCAUUGAAUCAUAUCGAAAUCUAUCUAUAACAAAACAAAAAGAGUUACAGAAGUGGCAGGAUCUUAAUGCUCAGUUGCAAAAUAAAAUAUAUGAAAAGGUAGAUGAAUAUGCUAGUCGAGAUAUUAAUCCGUUUGAACAGAUUGCCAAAGGAGAUGCUGAUGUAGGGUACUUACGAAAGAGUGAUAAUAUGAACAAAAAAGGCUCAGAAUAUUCUGGAUUUGUACGCCAUAUAGCUGAAACUAUUUUUGGCACUGAAACUUUGAAAAACAGCUCGGUUACUGGCAAACAAUCUGGAAGGACUAAAGCUCCGGCAAAGCCAAAACUUGAUCCCAAGUUGUUAGGAGCUGUUAUAGGUAUUUUUAAAUAUUAUUUGGCAAUUGAAGUCAAAUUGGAUCCAGUAAGAGUCGCACAAGAAGUUAAAUCUACAGGCGAGCAUAUCGCUAGUAAAAUAGCCGAUAUGAAUCGCAAAAGUAAAAAGAAAAUUUGCGAUCCAGAGGGAGCAAGCGAUAAUGUACUUGAAGAGGUAGAGGCACAAGUAACUGUCAAUUUGUAUAGUAUAAAUCAACCAGAAUCAAGUUCAAAAAAUGAGGAAGGUGAAGGCAGCGAUGCUGAUGAUGAUGAAAGCGACAAUGAUGAUGAUGAUGAUGAUGAUGGGGAAAACGACAGUGAUGAGGAGAAUAGUGAAGACGAAAUUGAAUCUAAUCAUGAUGAAUAAAACUUAAGUAUUAUUUGUAUUUACAUAAUACCAAAAUAUACAGCAUACAGAUCCUCAUUCUAAUGAGACCUUACGUAUAGAAAAUAAUGAAGAUGUACAAAAAACAAAAAAUGUUUUAGAAUUAAAAAUGUCUUCUGAUAGAUUAAGAAAAAUGAAAAAAAUAAAAAGUCUUCCGAUUCUAAAAGUAAAGGAGAAAGUAAAAAAAGAAAGCAGAAAUCCGUAAAUAAUGAUGUUCCAAAGAAGAAAAUGAAAUUUAUGUGUUCCGUCGAUCUUGGAAUUAUCGUAGCACGUGGAGAUCGUCUAGCGGAAGCUUUUACGAUACAUUUCAUUAUCUACAAGCUUUAAAUGUCG